AUGCGCGCCCAAGUUUAUGACUCGAUUGAUGCCUCUGAUAAAGAGAAUGAUGAUGGUAGACGGCCGCCUCGUAAUCGGCGGGCUUCUGAAAGAGAGGCUCAACGCCUUCAAGACGAAGCCGAUAGGGCUGAACGAAAAGCAAGAAAGGCCGAGAAGAAGGCUGAACGAGAGCGGAAGAAGAACAUGCAGACAGCUGCCUCCACUGCUGCCGCAAAUGUUGCUUCGCAACGAAGCUAUCCCAUUUCAGAUGAUGAGGGGGAUGUCUCAAGUGAUGAUGAUAGCAAGUACACCUCUCACAGAGUAGAAGCGCGCCCCCAGGCCAUCAAGAAGGUUCUUGUACAACGCAACACUCGUGUCCCUCAAGUUCUUAGUGUCGACUCAGAUGAUGACGAUUCCAACGAUUCUCAACGUGGCCGCACCACAAUGAAGACUGUUCGUCGUGGUGACCAUCGUAUUCAAUCUCCUCCACAGCCACUCCGUCACCAAUCCAUAUCACCCAUCGCACUCAAGGAACCAAAGCAGCAAACCAACGCUCGACCAAAGCAGGCCGACUAUUCUCCACUAGUCCAGGAAGUCAUUACUGUGGCCAUUCAACUCUGGCGCUUGAAGAUAUUCUGCGAGAAUGCCUUUCCUACCGUGCAAGAAGAGGCUAAAUGGGUUGGGGAGGUUUGGCGUCAGGCCUGUGUUAAACUUCAAGUUGAACAUGCCCUUGACAUGAAUAUCAGUCGCUUGAUCACCUCCCGAACUUCCCAUACCCGCGGCGAGGUCAAGACAAAGGUGAAGGCAUUUGUUCCAUCAAUCUUUGACCUGGAAUCCUCGCAGCACCCAAAGAUCAUCGAGAAAAUGCGCUCUCGUGCCACGAAGUUAAAAGAUGGCUACAAUUUUGUCUAUAAGAGUCCUCACAAGGAUGUCGCAAAGCGCAAGGGACUUUAUCGAGGAAAGAUCAUCCAGAAAUGCGUGAACGCUAUAUGGUUCGCAAACCGCCGUGAUGAAGGUGUCCGUUUUCCCGACAGUUUCUCCCCUAUCCCAUUACCUGCAUUAGCUCUUAUCUUCGCUGCAAUUGAAAAUUGUAUUGAUGAGUGGAUCACUGGCAUUCACACAAGCCUUGACUUCACAGCGACCGAAUAUGAGGUUGUUUACCAGGACCACUUGAAGUCCCUUCACUCAUUCCGCGAUCACUCAAAGCACCUCAAUAUCCUGGGUAAUAUUUGUGCGAAGCUAUAUAACACUGGACGGUUUCACUCCGGCGCGCAGCCUCUUGACACUUUCCGCCCACCAGCAAUCACUCUUGAUGCUUUAAACGCCGCCAUUGAUGAAUACAAAGCCGACCCUACAACUGAGACAGACGGUGAGGAUGGCAACAUCUCCGAGGACUCGGCGUAG